UUGAAACCAGGAUGUAGCAGUUUUAUCAUGUGCCUGAACUAAACGUGUUCGACAGUAUGAGUUUUGCCUAGCUACCUAUUUAUCUAUGUAUAUUUUUAAUAAGUUAUUUACGCUCAGAUUUAAUAGACGGAAACAGACGGAAUAAAAGCCAAUAUCUGGUCGCAGAUUUGAUAUGUGUGAUCUGUAAUGAGCUACAAAGGAAGCUGUGUACUGCGAAGGAGAAAUGGCACUUGCUUCUACCUCCUCCAGAUCUCUGGCAGAAUUCAGUGCAAUGCCGUCUCCAAAAGCAGAGCAUUCUGUUCUCAGAAAAGUCCUCCAGAUAAACCGGUGGCCGCUCAGGAGCAGACAUCGACUGCCUUGAAGAACACGACCGAGCUUGUGAAACAGUGGGGGCAAAAUACGGUGAAAACUGCCACAGCUACUGUCAAUUACUGGUGGGAAAAGUAUGAAGAGUUUGUUGGCCUUAAUGAGGUUCGAGAUGCUCAGUCCAAGGUUACUGAGGCUGAGAAGGCUUUCAUGGUGGCCAGGGGAAUGGUUCGUGAGGCUCAUGUGAGUUUGGAGGCUCUUCAGGUGAGGCUCAAGGAGGUUAGAGAUCGCCUGGAUCGAGUGUCGAGAGAGGAGGCACAUUAUCUUGAAUUAGCCACACUGGAACACAAGUUACUUCAGGAAGAACGGCGCCUCAAAACGGUGUACGUAAAUGCAGAGGAAGGAGAAAGGGAAAAAUUUGCACUUUUCUCUGCUGGCGUGCGUGAGAGUCAUGAGAAGGAGCGAUCGCGUGCCGAACGCACCAAGAACUGGUCCAUCAUUGGCUCAGUACUGGGUGCCAUUAUUGGUGUCAUGGGGUCCACUUACAUAAACAGGGUGCGUCUUCAGGAGCUGAAAAGCUUGCUCCUGGAGGCUCAGAAGGGACCAGCAAAUCUACAAGAAGCUAUAAAAGUCCAAGCCAGUUCUCACAAGAGCCAGCAAGAGGAACUCCGAGGCCUCAUAGAUACGCUUAAGGCGUCCAUUACUAAUCAAACAGAACAGCCUGUAUCUGUUCCAAUAGCAACCCGAUCUGCAAUACUACCAUCAAAAACCAGCAUAUCAGAAGAAGCCAUUAAAGAGAUGCUUCUGCACAGCCAGAGAGCUCAGUCAAACAUGCAAGAUCUCAUGCCACAGAUGGAGCAGAUCAGGCAGAGUUUAGGGAAGAUGGCGACUGAGCUUCAGGCUGUGAAGAAAUCCAUCUCGGACCGACCUGCGGAAAAACCGCUUAUUCAGACAAAAGAUAAGCCGCUUUUAGUGUGUGAAACAGAGAGCGUGAUCCAAGGCCUGGACCAGACUGAGAAAAGACUGGAGGCUCAGAUUAACAAGUCUACUCUAUACAACACUAUUCUGACUUACACAGCAUUUGCCUUAUCCAUGCCAGUGCUGUAUAUUAUCUUCAAAAGUACAUGAUGAAAUCAUCUAGUCUGCAGCGUUUAAGGGGCCAUCGUUUGUAACAGAAGUGACCUCAGAUUUUACAGUACUGUAGGAAUUGUAUCGUGGAAUCAUGCACUGAGGAGUUAAGAAUUAAAAAGUCAAACAUGAAUGAUGUC